UGUUACCCUGAAAUUAGGAGAAGGUCGUCCUCAGAACAAGCUGUUUUAAUUUUAGCGAGUCACCACCCACACAGUAGUGGAGAAGAAGGAGGAGCUAUAUCUACCAUUAUUUUUAUCUCACAAAGAAAAAUGGAUUUCUUCUCCCGGCAGAGGACAGUGCCUGACUGGCACCAGCCACUCAUUGAAGCACAGAGCGCCCUGGUGUUGGGGGUUGGGGGGAUUGGGUGCACAGUGGCCAGGGAGCUGUGUCGUCUUGGAGUGGGUGAGGUAGUGCUGGUGGACAAUGAUGUGGUGUCAGUGUCCAAUCUGAACCGUCAAGUGUUGUAUAGUGGUGGUGACGUUGGACGCAGGAAGGUGGUCGCUGCUAUAGAGGCACUGGACAGAGACAAUCUACGUACUCGUGUGAGUGGUGUUGACUGUGACGCUGUAAAGGAGUGGGGCCGAGUGGUGAGACUGGCCAGAAACUCAACGGUAGUGUUCAACUGUAUAGAUUAUGGAGAGUACUUCGACACGGCUGUCAUGUCUCUGUGCGUCUGUCUGGGUGUCCCCUACAUCACUGCCAGCUCUUACGGCCACACCGCCAUAGCUGAGUGCUACCCCCCAGGGGACCUCCCAGGGAGCGGACCGUGCUGGGUCUGCAAUAACGCUCCUGCCAAGAAGGAUGUCAUUGAGGCUGUCACACCAGACAAAGUGGCUCAGCUGGAGACUGUAGAGUUCUUGCCACAGGAUGUGUACAUGCCGUCUAAUCAGGAGGUGGGAUCAUCUGUUCUCUCGUGUACCCUGGCCGCCACUCUGACUGUGGGGGCGUGGCUCAAUGCCCUACAUGGCUACACCACCCCCCACUGGACCUCCUGUGAUUUUGCCAUGUUCCAGUUGUUCUCCUAUCGCAGUGAAUCCAACAACCAAUGCCCCAUCUGCCAGAAAGCACCAAGAUAUGCUCCCCUCCUGGUGGAUAUCUACUUUGGCACUGAUCUAGUGGCCAUGACUCCAGUUGGCGGGGCCGUUCUUCCGUAUUCCCCUACUGCCAUCACAAACCCUGCCACACAGUCCCAUGUGGAGAAGGCCAAGUGUCGACUGGAGAGUGUGUACAGAGAUGGUGAUGAUAAGUGUGUCUACCUCCCUGCUGUUCCAGCCGCUCAGUUAGAAUACAAUCAGCCGGCUGACAACGUCCCCCUGCCCCACCCCCUAUCGACUCCAAUGGUCAAGACUAAGGAUGGACCUCAGUUGGUUAUUAGAAGUGGGGGACGGUCAGUAAUCAUUCCGCUGUACGAAGGGUGUUUCAGACUGAAGGGGUGUGGCAACUAUGUGGAUGCUGAGGGGAUGCGCUACACCCACCCAGGAUUUCCUCUUAUCAAGAUUGAAACUAAAGACAAUGGCUAUGAGAUCAGAGGAUGUUGCUUCGAGCACACUGGCCUCAAUGAGCAGUAUAUGAGUCAAAAAGUUGGUGAGCUACUGUCAGAGCAUGGCAUCAUCGUCGGUAACAAGCCCAUGGGGCUAUGGAGGUACGAGAUAACCGAGGACACUAUUCCAACCAUCCCAAAGCUCUGUGGAGUGUUUGAGACUCUUGGGGAGCGUCGAGUUAGUAGCCACCUGCUCCCAGGACUGGAGGCUCUGGUGUCACAGUUCUUCCCCUCAGUGACUGAAGGAGAGGUCUGGUGUCUGUUCCCCCCUGAGAGGCGAGGAGGGGAGGAGAUCAUACCCACCUGGUCAGCGUGCUGCACUGGGGCUAACAAGAGUUCUCCAAUUGAUAUGGGACCUGUCAAGCUAAUAGAGUCUGAGCCCAGCAGUUCCCCACCAGAGGGAAUUCCCCCAAGCUUCAUGGCCCCGUGGAUUCAAGGGGCAUUCAGUCUACGACAAGCCCUGGCUAGAGAAGACACACUCACACUCGCCAGCCUCCUGGCACUGGUGUAUCAGAGGGUGGGCUGGGAGAUGGGCACGGUCAAACGAAGUCUAGAGAAUCAUCGCAUCAAUUGGGGCUACUUCUUUGAUCAUAAUCCAUUUGAGCCUCAUUGCAACGCCCAUCCAAACAACUACAUUGUCCUCCCACCUGGGCAACCGUCGUUGCUUGCUCCUGUGGACUUUGACUUCUCAUUUGAGGAAGGAGGGUUCUUCUCUCCAUACAGUGGUUCUACCGACAAAUCGUUAUUUGACUCGUGGCUAGGCUCAGAGGCAGUUGAGAUGGAGCGAGCAGUUGCCGGGGAGACAGCCAACACUGGACUACAGAUGACUAUGACUCAAAAUGACAUGUCAGCUGCCCACAGAGGACUCUGCUGGGGUUUCAGAGAUACCCUGCUGUUAGGAUACCGGGCUGGCUAUGGAGGAGAGGAGACAGUAACCAUCCCUGAGAACAUUAGACCAUGUGUAGACAGUGUUGUUAAAAUGGCGUUAUUGUUGACUCAUUUGGCAAACACUUAGACAGAAUUAUCUUUGUUUGUUUGAAUUCAUAUUAUAAAAUUUAUAACUUGUUCUUUGUUUGUACAAAUUGAAUUGAUAAUCGUGUGAAACUGUA